AUGAUCUUGGGUGUUUUGUUGCUCUACUGCCUCUCCACCGCGAAUGCGGAGGAUUGGUGGGUGAGAGGACGGGUGUUUUGUAAUUACAAGAACCCGUACGAAGUGCGCGGGACGGUUCAGUUGUGGGAAAAGGACAGUGAGUAUUAACGUAGAUUUUAUUUAGGUUUCUGGAAAUAUGAGCCUGUCCUGAAAAUAAGAUGGAUUUUCCGCAGCAAAAUGUCUCGUCUCACUGCAGUUGCGCAUCAAAUCUUUAGCCGCGGCUAGCCGUGAUGGAAGAUUUCAAGACGCGAUAAAUCCUCAUUAUUUUCCGUAUUAAGCACUCCAGUAUACGCAAUGCUGUACUAGGCAGGCCAAAAAGUCUUGAAAUGUUUGCAAUGUGAGCCUUCGAGCCGGAAGCUUGUCGUAUUACCGAUUGUUUGUCGCGCAAAGUCCCUUGUGACGCCGAUAGCACCGUACGAAAACAUGCGGAGACCUUUGGCUCUUCUAUUAGUCCGUCGGGAAAAUAAUGAGCGCAAUAUCGCAUCGAAAAGCCGAGAAAAUAAAUAAGUUGCCUCGAAUCAAACUGCUCUUCACUUCAGUGACGCGAUGGGCGCAGCGACAUUGCGCCCAUUAUUUUCCCGACAGCAGAUAAGAAACACUUUUGUGGGGAAAAAAUGAGCACAAUGCCGCUACGCCGAUAGCGUCGCUACAGUGAAAAGCAGGUUGAUUUUGCCGCGGCGCCAUUCACUUUCUCGGCGGCGAUAGUGCUCAUUAUUUUCCCGACAGAAUGCUGGAUCAACGGGUUUUCAAAAAGCCGACAGACAUUCGGAAACUUUUCAGGAGUGACCAGAGACGACUUCCAAGAUCAAGGACCAAUCGCUGCUGGGAGUUUUCCAGGCCUACACUUCCACAAAACCGAGUUGUUUGGGGUCGAGCCGUACUUGAAGGUCAUUCAUGACUGCCAUCCCGACAUUAUAAACGGUCGCACGGACUGUAUGGCCGUUUCAUACGACCAUUUCCGCUCUCCGGCACCGAAUCCGGUCUACGAAAGGAUGGUCGACAUCAACAGAGGUGAACUGGUGUGUGGUGCGGCGGUCGGCGGUCUGACAAGUGUUGGAAAAUAG